GCCGUACGAUUACUACCCCGAGUCUCCACGUUGACGCAUCAUUUGGCUUCAAACCAAUAACAAAAGAAGGGUCCUCGUAAAACCUAUGCAGCGCCAACACAGGUGAUAAUUUCUCACCUUCAGUAAAUUCUAUCAAUUUCUACCUCUAGGGCUAUUAGUUUUUCUUUCGUGGUCUCUGGGAUUUCACAUUUCACUGUGCCCAUCGUCUCACUUUCUUCACUAACUUCUAUGGACUACAGCUCCGAAGAAGAUUCGGAUCUAAGUGAUUCUGAGAUUUAUGACUAUUCGGAGAAACCUUAUGAACUGUUAAGAGCUGGAAAAUAUAAGGUUAAAAACUUGAAUGGAACUCUUAGAUGCCCUUACUGUGCUGGGAAGAAAAAACAAGACUACAAAUAUAAGGAUUUGUUGCAACAUGCAUCUGGUGUUGGUAAGGGUUCUGCUAACAGAAGUGCAAAACAAAAGGCAAAUCACCUUGCUCUAGCAAAGUAUUUGCAGGUUGAUCUAGCUAGUGAAGCAGAGCCAAUCCAGAACCCAGCUUUAACCCUAGUUGUUAGUCAACCUUCACAGCAAGAAGAUCUUUAUUAUGUUUGGCCCUGGACUGGCAUAAUUGUUAACAUAAAGGAUAAUUUGGUUGAUUCUACAUACUGGAUGAAGGAAUUUGCUAAAUUCAAACCAAGUGAUUUCCAAAUAUUCAUGAAAGAUGGUGGCAUGGCUGCUCAAGGUGUAGUAGUCUUCAAUAGUGACUGGAAUGGUUUCAUAAAUGCAAGUGAAUUUGAGAAGUCUUUUGAAACAGCACGUCGUGGUAAAAAGGACUGGAGCUCAAACAAGUUAGAAGCUGACUCAAAGAUUUAUGGAUGGGUCGCGCGGGAAGAUGAUUAUAAUUGUGAAGGGCCAAUAGGGGAAUACCUCCGCAGCAAAGGAACAUUGAGGACUGUUUCAGAUAUUGUUCAAGAAGCAUCUGAAAGCAGAAAUAGUAUUGUGACAAACCUGACUAAAGAAAUCGAGAUAACAAAUGAAAACCUUGACAAAAUGCAGUCUAAGUUUAAUGAGAAGACUAUGUCCUUGAGUAGAAUGCUUGAGGAGAAAGAUAAGCUUCAUAAUGCUUUUGAAGAAGAAACAAGGAAUAUGCAGCGUAGAGCACGUAAUGAGGUACGACGGAUCUUGGAUGAGCAAGAAAAAUUGAGUAGUGAGUUGGAUGAGAAAAAGCGGAAGCUUGAUUCUUGGAGCAGGGAUCUAAACAAGCGUGAGGUACUAACUGAUCAAGAGAGGCAGAAACUUGCGGAGGACAAGAAGAAGAAAGAUUUGAGGAAUGAAUCACUCCUGUUGGCGUCAAAAGAACAGAAGAUAGCGGAUGAAAAUGUCUUAAGGCUUGUUGAAGAGCAGAAGAGAGAGAAAGAGGAGGCCUAUAACAAGAUACUUCUGCUGGAAAAACAGCUUGAUGCCAAACAGAAAUUGGAAAUGGAAAUUGAAGAGCUAAAAGGGAAAUUGCAAGUGAUGAAGCAUCUUGGAGAUGAAGAUGAUACAGCUGUUCAGAAAAAGAUAAAAGAAAUGAAUGAUGAAUUGCAAGAAAAAAUAGAGAAUUUGGAAUGUGUGGAGAGCAUGAAUCAAACCCUCAUUGUAAAGGAACGUCAGAGUAAUGAUGAACUGCAGGAAGCUCGCAAAGAAUUAAUAAAAGGAUUAGAGGAAAUGCUUAAUGGUCCUAAAGGUAAUAUUGGGAUCAAGAGAAUGGGAGAGCUUGAUCAGAAGGUUUUUGUGACUAAAUGCAAGGAAAGAUUUUCUCUUCAAGAGGCUGGGACCAAAGGGGUCGAGCUUUGCUCUUUGUGGCAGGAAAACGUGAAGAAUUCUGCUUGGCAUCCAUUUAAAGUGAUUACGAAUGAGGAUAAAGCAGAGAUAAUUAUAGAUGAAGAUGAUGACAAGUUACGAAGCCUGAAGCAGGAAUGGGGAGAUGAGAUAUAUUCAGCUGUUGUAACAGCCUUAACAGAAAUAAACGAAUACAAUCCAAGUGGUGGGUAUACUGUUGCUGAGCUAUGGAACUACAAGGAAAAAAGAAAGGCGACAUUGAAAGAAGUUAUAACUUACAUUGUGGAUCGCAUCAAGCCACCUAAGCGCAAGAGAGGAUAGUCAAAAGGUAGUACAAAUGCUGAUAUAUGAACGGGUAGAUGGGGAAGUUGCAAUGAGCAUUUGAAUUGUUAAAUAGGAUAACUUUUCAUCAAUAAAAUCUGACAAAGUUCCCUCAAUACUAAAACUAUGAAUCGAUUGAGGUUGUUUAUAAAAACUAUGAAUGCCAUGAAUGGAUUGAGGUUGUUUCCGCUGAUU